GGUUAUCGUCCGUCUACCCGUAGUACUGCUACCGGCAAGUUUUGCAAUGCCGAAGAAAACUUACUUUUCAUUGAAGCAUUAUUACCGUAUGUGAAGGAGUUCUCGUACGUUUGGUUCAAUCUGCAAGCGGCUAAGCGCAAGUUCUUCAAGCGUAACGACAAACGCAUGACUGUCGACGAGGAAAAGCGGGUGAAAGAUGAACUGAUGGUACGACGAAUUCACAUUAAUCAAACCGAUAGAAAACUGUGCCACAUUGAGAAAGUUGAUGGUAUUCCGCUGGAGAGCACUGAUGGAGAGCGACUGGAGAAGUCUCCAGAUUGCUUAUUUCCACAGCUGUGCGUCAACCCUUAUCACAUCAGCAUCGCCGUGAGAGAACUGGAUUUAUUUCUUGCAAAUUUCAUACAUACCUCAGAUCCGUCGGUCAACGACGACGAAUCGUCGAAAGGUAGACGCCCAGUCCUCUCUGAGUUUUCCUCGAUGAGCUUUGGCACAGUCACCACUUCUCCGGUCGUCUUGUCUACAUAUAUUUAUCAGUGUACGACGUUUAUAUACUUUGUGUAA